AUGCAGAUUUCCCGCUGUGGCAUUCAUGGUUUCCAUGAAGUGCUCGGAAUCGAUACGGACGAGAUCCGCUUCUACUGGACAAUUGAGAGCGAUGACCAAGACGCUACUCAACUCGCCUAUCGUGUUGUGGUAACUACCAAUUCAGACAUAUCCAACAACCCCGGGUCCUCAGUCGUCUGGGACUCCCAGCGCAUCGAAAGCAAUGCGCAGAGGAACAUCAUCUGCAAGCCCCAAGAUGGCUUCAAAUCCACCACCAGCCAUUUCUGGAGAAUCACAGUAUGGGACCAAAACAACAAUGCCCACCACAGUGGAGUGAAUCACUUCUUCACGGCCUACCCGCGGUCCCAUCUCCUUCCGCCCUACAGCAUGAACCAAACCUACAUGCCGCACACCAGCUUGAUCUUCAAAUCCUGGUUCGAAGAUACCGCCAACCGCUGGAAAGCUGUAUGGAUCGGCGACGGAGGCGACAAACCCAUCUAUCUGCGUAAAUCCUUCACUCUACCCCGCAAGCCCUCCCGCGCGAUAUUGUUCGCCUCCGGACUCGGCCAUUUCAACAUGUCCGUCAAUGGUGAGCUUGCCUCCAGCCACCGCCUCGACCCCGGCUGGACCAAUUAUCACCGCCGGGUCCAGUUCACUUCCUACGACGUGACGGAUCGUCUUGAUGCAGGACUUAAUGCGAUGGGCGUUCAUCUUGGAAAUGGCUUUUACGCGGGUGAUAAAGGCGGUGAUGGGCGCUUUUUCUGGCCCAUGUAUGAGGAUAAUACGUAUGUGCGGUACGGGAAUGAGCUCUGCUUCUUUGGAGAGUUGCAUCUUUUCUAUGAGGACGGGGAGCAUGAAGUUCUUAUCUCGGAUGCUGAGUGGAAGGUGAAGAAGAGUGCGACUACUCUGGCGAAUAUUUAUGCUUCUGAGGAUCAUGAUUGCCGGCUGUAUCCCCUCGGCUGGGAUUGUGCUGGUUUUGAUGAUUCGGAAUGGGCGUCUGUCAAGCCUUUGACGGGCCCUAGAGGACAUAUUUAUUAUCAGACCCAGCCUCCGGUUGUGCUGCAUAAGACUUUCAAGCCUGUCAAGGUCCACAGUCCUAAAAGGGGAAUUGUAUGUUAUGACUUGGGUCAGAAUUCAUCUAUCAUGGUCAAGGUUGCUUUUGAAGGAGCGGCAGGAUCAGAGGUCAUCGUUCGAUACUCUGAGACUGUCAGAGAAGAUGGCACUGUUUUGAUGCCCGAUCCACUGUUCAAGGAGUUUGAGACCGGUGUCUUUUCUAAAAUCACUUUGGCUGGUACUGGCCAGCCCGAAAUCUGGGAGCCUGAUUUCAGUUUCACGAGUGCAAGAUAUAUUCAAGUGGAGGGCGUCUCCUUGGACCUCGAUGAUGGAUUGCCAGUUGUUCAUUCCGUUGUUGGUCGCCACAUUUCAUCAGCAGCGAGAAAGCUCGGAACUAUGACAACCGAUAAAGAAGACGUCAACUCAUUACUGAAUGCGCUAUAUUGGACAUUCAGCAGCAAUCUUUUCAGCUACCACACGGAUUGCCCUCAGAUUGAGAAGUUUGGUUGGCUGGAAGUCACACACCUGCUCGCCCCUGCCACGCAAUAUGUCCGCGAUAUGGAGUCCUUGUACACAAAAAUCCUUGAUGAUAUCCUCGACAGCCAAGAGCCAAGUGGCCUUGUGCCAACAAUGGCACCCGAGAUCAGAUACAUGUGCGGUCCCCUGCAUGACACUAUCACCUGGGGCUGCGCAUUGUGUCUCCUUCCUGAUAUUCUGCGCCAGUACUACGGGUCUACCCACGUCAUUCCCAAAGUCUACCCAGCAGCAGUCCGGUAUAUGGAAUACAUGCAGACAAGAGAGCGCAAGGGCGGCCUGAUCGAGCACGGACUCGGUGAUUGGGGCCGAGGCAUUGCUUUCGGAAACAAUCAAGCAAAUAUUGAAACGGCAAUCUACUAUCGCUGCCUCCAAUGCGUAGAAAUGAUGGCCCGCGAACUCGGCAAGCUCGAAGACGCGGCGAGAUUCAACGACUGGUCUUCUCGUAUCUACGAUAUCUACAACCGCCAUCUUCUGGUCACAGAUGAUACGACCCGGCCCUACGCUUAUUACACCUCGCUCGACAACUACCCUACCCGAGACUGCGACGCAAUCGCCCAAGCAAUGGCCCUGCAAUUUGGCCUUGUACCCGCAUCUCAUAAACAAGAUGUCAUGGCCGCAUUCCUGGACGACGUGGCAGACGGCAAGAUCCGAGCCGGCGAAAUCGGUCUCCGCUUCUUAUUCAACACCCUCGCUGAUGCGAAGCGCCCUGAUCUCGUUCUGAAAAUGGCAAGACAGGAAGAACACCCUUCCUACAUGCGCUUCCUGCGCCGCGGUGAGACAACACUGCUGGAGUUCUGGCAAGAUGAAUGCCGGAGUAAAUGCCAUGAUAUGCUCGGCACCAUCUACGAGUGGUUUUAUGCUGCUGUGUUGGGGUUGAAGCCUGUUGAUGAGGCUUACAGACGCUUUACUGUUGAGCCUCCGUAUGAGUCUGAGUUUGGGUUCGUUAAAGGCUCGGUGGAGUGUCCUUAUGGGUUGAUUGAGAUUGAGUUCAAGCGUGAUGGAGAUUCUGUCAGAUUGGAUCUGAGAGUACCGUUUGGUACGAAGGCGACUGUUAAGCUGCCGGCUGAUAUGAAGAGGGCUAUCUGUCUUGGAAAGGAAGAUAUCUCUGUGACAGAGAAAGAGUUGGUGCUUGGCCAUGGAUUGCAUACUGUAUCUGUUCAGCUAUAG